GAGCGCGAGGCGGGGCUGAGGCGGCUGUGGCGGCUGUGGCGGCAGCGGCGACGCGUCCUGGCAGGACUGAGUCUCCCGCCGUCUGAGCAGGCCUGGGAUGGGUAAUGGUGUGAAGGAAGGCUCCGCACGCCUCCGAGAGGAUGCUGAAGCCAUCCUAUCUGCUCCUGUCUCCUCAAAGAGAGACCAUAGGCAAGUGCUCAGCUCCUUGCUGGCUGGGGCCCUGGCUGGUGCCCUCGCCAAGACAGCAGUAGCUCCCCUGGACCGAACCAAAAUCAUCUUCCAAGUGUCUUCAAAAAGAUUUUCUGCCAAGGAGGCCUUCCGUCUCCUCUACUUCACCUACCUCAACGAGGGUUUCUUCAGCCUGUGGCGCGGGAACUCGGCCACCAUGGUGCGCGUGGUGCCCUAUGCAGCCAUCCAGUUCAGCGCGCAUGAGGAGUACAAGCGCAUCCUUGGCCACUACUAUGGCUUCCGUGGAGAAGCCCUGCCCCCGUGGCCUCGCCUCCUGGCUGGUGCUCUGGCAGGAACCACUGCGGCUUCUCUUACCUACCCUCUGGAUCUGGUCAGAGCAAGGAUGGCCGUGACACCUAAGGAAAUGUACAGCAACAUCUUUCAUGUCUUCAUCCGCAUAUCCCGAGAGGAGGGACUGAAGACCCUCUACCAUGGCUUUAUGCCCACUGUGCUGGGUGUCAUUCCCUACGCUGGACUCAGCUUCUUCACCUAUGAGACGCUCAAGAGCCUGCACAGAGAGUAUAGUGGCCGCUUGCAGCCCUACCCGUUGGAGCGCAUGAUCUUCGGGGCGUGUGCGGGCCUCAUCGGACAGUCGGCCUCCUACCCGUUGGACGUGGUGCGGCGGCGCAUGCAGACGGCGGGCGUCACGGGCCACCAGCAUGGCUCCAUCCUGAGCACGCUGCGCUCCAUCGUGCGCGAGGAGGGCGCCGUGCGGGGCCUGUACAAGGGCCUGAGCAUGAACUGGCUGAAAGGCCCCAUCGCCGUGGGCAUCAGCUUCACCACCUUCGACCUCACUCACAUCCUGCUGCGCCGCCUGCAGAGCUAGAGCUGCAUGACAUACAGUGACCCCAGCCACUGGAUCCGGUGGCCUGGCCUGGGGGACAGGACUCGGAGCCCACAAGUGUCCCGUGCCCUCCUCUAGGCGCUGUAUUGGGAUGAGGGAGCUCCCCGCCUGGCACCGUGUGUCCCCCAACCUGCUGCGCACACCACGGGGCUCAGAGUCCUUCUCUUCUCGUUGACUGUGCCUGGCCUGCAGAAGCCAAGGGCCCCUCCCUUGAACUCGCACCCUGCCCAGGAGGUUGUGUCCUCAGCUGCAAGCUGCACUGCGACCCUUGCCAGCUGCCCCAGCCUGAACUGCCUUCCCCGUCCUUUUCCAGAGGACAGCUCCUCCCCACAACCCCACCCCCAGAACCCCUAGCCUUCGCAGGAGGCCCUCUGGUGUGGAUCUGACCCCUGGGGGUAUCGGUGCAAGCCCAGGCACCCACCACAUCUUUAGAGGAGGUGACGUCCCAUGACUAUGAGCUGAUCCCCUUCUCACUAAGGCGACCACCCAGCCAGCACAGGGCACAAUUAAAUGUCCAUGAGGGAUGGUUUGACCUCUGUGAGUUGAACACACGGGUGUCUGGUGGUCUGGGUCCUCCCAGAGUGGAGCCAGUGACAGUGGUCUAGGAAGCAAGGAAUAAUCAGGUACACUGGGAUCCCCCAGCUAGCUGGUCUUAUGGAGAAGCCCCUGGGGCUCUCUAGUCCACAGGGACUCAGAAACACCUUUCCAAAUAACAUCUGAGUUUCUUUUUCUUUUCUUU